AUCAAUGACAUUCACCUAAUUUGUAUUCAAAACAUGGCUAGUUCACAGAUAAGCCAUCGAUGAUACAUGGUGUUGUAGAAAACCGAAACUUUCAUACCAGUAUAAUUGAAUAACUUUUAAUCUAUGUAAAACAUGUCAUAAUCAACUCCCCGUAUACCAACUUUAUCAACAAAUAGUAUUAUAUAAUAGUUAGUAAGAAUAUUUUUUCUUAUAGUAUCAACCAGUAUCCCCUUUAUAUUGAAUACUCUCACCUUAAAAUACAAAACACUAAGUUUCUCUAUUUCUUCAUCUUCAUUCUCACUUGUUUUCUGAAAGCAGCUUUUACAAUAAUGGGCAAUAAACGCAUAGAAGCAAUGAUGAUUAUGGUGAUGAUUAUGAUGGUGUUCUCAUGGAGGAUUUGUGAAGCCGAGAGGUUAAGAAGACACACAGCAUCAUCAUCAAGACCACAAAGAUUUUUCAAGGUGAGAAGACCAAAUCCACUUCAUCAUAAUCAUAACCAUGGCUUCAUUGAUGAUGAUUAUCCUCCAGAAACUUUCUCAGGGCUUUUACCCAAGACAAUGCCAAUUCCACCUUCUGCUCCUUCCAAGAAACACAAUGUCUAUGGUUUACAGAGUACCAAUUUCCAACGAUAUCCAUGACCUUCGGUCGCCAAGAUACUUACACAUAUUAUAUGCACACUUAUUUUUAUAACAUAUAAAUCUAGUUAUGUCUAUCGUCUUUCUCCCCUUUGUGUUUCUUUUUUCUUUUACUUUGGUUUUAAAGAAAGUUUUCUAGGAAGAAAUUAUUGUAUUCCAUCGAGAAUAAACAAAAUCAGGUCGGGCUAUUUUUCGAUGCACGCCUACUUAUUUGAACCCUACUUGUGUUAUAGUUUGGAGAAUCAUGUAUCAUAUAUGCAACUCAUGACUGAAUCAUUGUAAUGCCUCAUACUAAUGUACCUUCUUACCUUCUUUCGUUCUAUCUAGCAAUAAAUUAACACAUACAUAUGUUCUACUUUUUAUUUCUAUUUUAUUUUAUUUUAAAGUCAAAGCUUUUAAUGCUUGAUUAGCGGUAUAAUGUUUUUUUCGGUUAUCAUUAAUCACCAACAAACAUGUAUCAGGAUAUCAAAGAAAACAAAAGAUGUAUA